CGUCUUAUUUUCAGUGGACCAGAAAACCCUCAGCUUCCUAGCCAAAGGUAGUUUGAGGCUGCUUUUGACUUUCGCCUCACUUGUCCCAAGGUUGUGGAAGGACUCGGAUGAAACAUCCUGCUUUGAAGGUGAUCAGGGCAUUUUCAGGAGUGUAGCUUCGGUAGGUGUCGGAUGGGUCUGGUGUAAAGCGGAUGAAAACUUGACACUUUGUAGCGUUAGCUGAUUCAUAGUUACAGGGAACAUAGUCACUCUGUUCUUAUCCUGACACUGCUGCCCUCUUUAAGUAGGACACCACAGGGCUGACACAUGUAUCGUUCCCUCCUUCCUUUUCAUGGUACUUGGAGUACUCUGGGAAGAUACUAGAAGACACUGUAUUCUUUCUGACACUUCUGCUUUCAUGUAACGAGCGAAAAAGGAAGCUAAUAAAAGAAAUGUCUACAGUAUACAGAAGAGUCGGGAGAAGCAAGAGUGUUUAAUUACCACCCUUCUCUCAUUGCCCCCUCCCCUACCAAAAGAAAGAGUCAUGGAAUCCAGUUUUAUAUUACUGUAUUUUCACUUUUUCUAAUUGUGGGGUUUUUCUUUUAAUAUUUUAUUUAUUUUGUUUCUUUUAAGUUUAUUUAUUUUGAGAGAGACAGAGAGAGCGCACAUACGCAUGAGUUGGGGAGGGGCAGAGAGAGAGGGUGAGAGAGAGAGAAUCCACAGCAGGCUCCACACUGUCAGCGCAGAGGCUAGUCCGGGACUUGAACCUAUGAACCAUGAGAUCGUGACCUGAGCUGAAACCAAGAGUUGGAUGCUUAACCCACUGAGCCACCCAGGCUCCCCUAAUAAUUUAUUUUUUAAACUGGGACACAUGAAUACUUACUCUUUUUAAGCCUUUUAAGCCCGACACCCUUAAGCUUUUCUGCCUAAAGAAGGUAGCAGACCUACAUCUAAAUGAUGCUUCUAGAAAUUAAGAAGCCCUCAGAUGUCUUGCUCCCUUGUGGCACACAAUUGGAGACCGUAACAGCGCCUCAUUAAAAACAAAAGGCUGUUGGCCUCAGAACGCACCUGCUGCCUCUGACAGCGUCCACUUCCUUUCCCCUUGUGACUGCUGCCUUUUUUUGAGGGAGUGUUGGGAAUGAUCUCCUGGCAGUCACCAUAGUGGGUCCUGGGUCUUCUGAAGAAUGCUUUGAUGCCUUGUAUAUCAGUCUUGCAGUCCCUUUUCGUGAAUGAGAGCUUGGGUGUAAAUAAGAGACAACCUCAAAAAAAAAAAAAAAAAAGUUGGAUAAGUGAAGGGCCUCUUUUCUCAUCAAUGAUGUUGUUUUUCUUGAAGAAAUUAUAGCAGAGAUUAGAAAGAAGUCUAACAAGUACAGUAGUUUCUCUUCUGUGCGGUAGAUUUAAAAAGCACAUCGGUGUUUUAUAUUUGAAGAAACUGAGAUUGAGUGUUCACUGGCUUGGUGGGUUGAGACAGUGCAGUUUGGAGCACAUCUUGUUCUUCUGGAUCCUAUUUACUGAAACUCAUUAAGGACUUUGAUGCCCCCCAAUCUUAUUUUUAAUGGUGAAAUCUCAUUAAUAUGCUUUCUAUCAGUGCCAGAUUUAAUAUUAUCAAUAAACACUUAGAUCAUUCAAGAUUUAAUAGUUUGAAAUAAGUUGAGCAUUUGAAAUAAUUUGAAAUGAUGAUACAUAGUAUAGGCCUGAAGAAUUGAAAUAACUCAUUGCUUAAUAUUAAUCCUCAGCUAUUUUUUAGUAUAUGUUUCCUCCACUAAUGAUAUUUUCAGUAGUAUUACUGCGCAGAUUCUUUCAAAAUGUUUGAUUUGGAUUUUUCAAAAUUGCCUGUACUUCUUCCCGUAAUCUAUCCCUCUCACUUCCAGAAUAAACAGGCUGUAUUUCUGGUUAAAGGGGGGGGAAAAAGGCAUUGUUUAUCUUGAAAGUUAGUACCUAACUAUAUUUUUCCAUAUUACCAAGAAAAGUUUUUCUCUUUACUUUCUGUUUUCUUUUUUCUUCAAACACAAGAUAGUUUGUAAUUUUAUUCGACAACAUCCACUCCAUUAAACAUACUGACUUUGUUUCUGUAAGAAUGCUUCCCAGGAGGAGUCGAACAUGCAUUGGUUAAGAUGUAGAUUUUGUUACAGUUGGAUGUGGAUAGGUUACCCCCUGUUAACCUCAGUUUCCUCUUGAUUUGGUGAGGUUGAUGAGAACACAGGAAAAUCACCUCACGCUGUGUCUGGCCCUUAUCUGCCACUUGGUAGAUACUAGAUUUAACCUGAAUUUCCGUAUUCCUCAGAAAACUGUACUGGCCAACUGAAUGAUGAAUGUGAGGUACUUCAUAAACUGAAAAAUACCAUAGAAAUGUUAUUUGUAUGGUUGACUCUUAGAGAAUACCACUGGAAAACAGCUGAAGGCUUGACCCAGGGACUAACAAUAGUUUAAUGUAUAGACCUUUGCUAACGUGGAAGACAGAUGUUUAUGGCGUAAUUAGGGUCAUGUCAAAGGUUUCUUAUCUACUGAGUUAUUUUUUUUUAUUAAUCUUUAAAAUAUGUAUUGAACUCUCACUGUUUAUGAGAUGCUGUGGGUAGUAUCCUCAUGGUAUAGAAUAGGAAGAAGUAUAAAAUAUAGUUCUCAUACUCAAGGCACAGAAAUAUCUAUGAUGGUGGAAUUGCCCCAUUUCUGUGCUGUCCAGUGUGGUAGUCACUAGCCAUGUGUAACUAUAAAAUGUUUCAAAUGUGGCUAAUGUGCAUGAGGAAGUGAAUUUUAAAUGGUAUUUAAUGUCGUUUGACUUACCCAUGGGUCGUAUGUGCCCAGUGGCCACUGUAUUGCACAAUGUAGCUCUAGAUAGAGACGAAGACCCACCUGCGUGAAUAGUAAAUUAGGAUUUACGGCAGAGCAGUUAGUGGUAAAGGCUGGGCUAGCAGCAUGGGGAGCAAGUGCUGUGUGAGUGUAUUAGACAUAGAAGGAAGGCUUCGUAUGUCUAGGCCAAGGGCCUUAGGGGAGGUGGGCUUUGAGCUGAACUUUGAAGGCUGGCAGGAUUUAUAGUUUCAGAGAGGGAGCCACCUCCACAUGGAACUGGAAAUUAACCUGAACCAGCAAGAUGUGAUAGAAAAGAUACAGUAGAGUCAAAUUAUGGAAGUCCUUGACUUAAUUUCUUGCAUUCCAUGUAUGCAUUCAGCAAAAGAGCACCUGUAUUUCACAGAUAGAAUUCUAGCCCCUGGGUGUGCAGGUCUAGGAGUGGGGUGAAGGUUGGUGAACAUAUCACACAUGGUCCUUAGCCCAGUGGAACAAACCACACAGAUUAUGGGAAGAGCCUGAAAGAAGUAUAUUUGAAAGAAUAAUAACAGAGGGGACUAAUUUAUAUUUGAAGCUCAAGAUAGUUCUUUUGAGGAAAUAGCAAUUAAAUUGAGACAUGAGGGAUAGAUAAGAGCUGGGUCAGGGAAAAUACACUGCAUCGGCAGUGGAGAGGCCCCAGUGGAAAUUUUUGAGUAAUGGAGUAGUAAGGAAAGGCAAAUCUGUAAGUUGAGCUGAAGAGUAGGAAACCACAAUCCUAAUUGUCUUUUUACACUUGAUUUUUUAUGUGUUUCUUUAAAUAAUAGUAUAGUUGUAAAAGUUUGAAUUUGAAUCUUGGUUUGUCAGUACCUGGGUAGACUUAGACAAGACUGUUUAUAAAGAAGGGUUAAAAUUUCCGCUUUAUGAGAUUAUUGUAUGAAACAAAUGAAAUAGUUUAUGUAAAACCAAACACAGAGCAGUACACAUAAUGAACACUCAAUAAACAAUAACAAUUUAUGUAGCUGUUUUAAAAAUAAGUCCAGUAAGUGAUAUGUGAAAUUAGUACUCUUUAGAAUUGAGAAAGCCUAUGAAGUUUCUGAAACAUCUUGAUUUAAUCACUGGUAGUUUUAAUUGUCUAUAUGAAAGGGUUAGAUAUUUCACCAAUUCUCCUAUUUAGUCAUUUAGGAAGGAUUUCCAGGGUAAAGAAAUAACAAAAUGACUAUUGGAUUAAGAAGAUUUGUACCGUUUCCAGAAUCCUUGGGCUUGUUUUCUGUGUGGUCGCUCCAUGUUACAGGAUCAGUUUAGUAUUUGGGGACCGUUCUUCCCACCCAAAAGGGAAACUGGGUGAUACUACUUUUGAAAAUAAUAUGUGGGCCUACUCUAAUUGAGGGUGUUUCUAAAAAGUGCAGACAAGAGAAGCUGUCCAAACAUCAGGAACAAAGUCAGUGUCCGUGUUAUAUGAACCUUGAACUUCAUCUGGAAGCCACUGGAUCCCCAUUGUGAAGUGAAGCACUUAGAAAGCUGUACCAUGCUGUGGAUGAUCUUUUCAAGUAAAUAUGUUGGUACAUUCCAUUUUGCUCUUUUUUUGGAGCAGCCUUCGAAGAGAUGAGAUUGGUCUGAUCCCAUGUCCUGAAGCAAGGUAUAACCGGAGUCCCAUAGUCCUGGUAGAAAACAAACUUGGUGUGGAAAGCUGGUGUGUCAAGUUCCUCCUACCGUAUGUCCACAACAAGCUCCUUUUGUACAGAACAAGAAAGCAAUGGCUAAACAAAGAUGAACUGAUAGAUGUCACAUGCACCCUGCUGCUUCUAAACCCAGACUUCACCACUGCAUGGAACGUAAGAAAAGAGCUGAUCCUCUCUGGCACUUUAAAUCCAAUUAAGGACUUACAUCUGGGAAAACUGGCCUUAACUAAAUUUCCAAAGAGUCCAGAAACAUGGAUUCACAGGCGAUGGGUGCUACAACAGCUAAUUCAGGAAACCUCCUUGCCUUCCUUUGUGACAAAAGGAAACUUGGCAACAAUUCCUGCAGAAAGGACACAGAGACUAAUACGAGAAGAGAUGGAGGUCUGUGGUGAAGCAGCAGGGAGAUACCCAAGCAACUAUAAUGCCUGGUCCCAUCGCAUCUGGGUUCUGCAGCAUCUGGCCAAGCUGGACGUCAAGAUUCUUCUUGAUGAACUGUCUUCUACUAAACACUGGGCAUCCAUGCACGUUUCAGACCACAGUGGAUUUCACUACCGCCAGUUUUUGUUAAAGUCUUUGAUUAGCCAAACUGUGAUAGAUGGUUCUGUAUUGGAGCAAAACCCUCUGAGAAGUGAGCCAGCUCUGGUUCUUGCAAAAGAUGAAGCAGCAGCAGCUUCAACAGAGGAAGCAAGGAUAAAUCUUCCCCAUCUUCUCGAAGAAGAAGUUGAAUUCAGCACUGAUCUUAUUGAUUCCUACCCAGGACAUGAAACCCUUUGGUGCCACAGGCGGCAUAUUUUCUACCUUCAGCAUCACUUACGUGGUAGGUUUCCUCACAGUGUGACCCCACUGUCACCUGCAGACAGCCCUGGGGGAACUUCGAGUGACUUGCACCUCAUCCCAGGAGGCCCCCACAUGUCUCAGGCCAUGGAGGUGGAUGGGCUGAAUGACUCUAGCAAGCAAGGCUAUUCCCAGGAAACCAAACGCCUGAAGCGGACCCCAGCUCCAGACUCUCGGGGCCUGGAGAUGGAGCAUAGGUUCAUCGAUCAAGUAUUGUCCACCUGCCGGAAUGUAGAGCAGGCCAGGUUUGCCAGUGCCUACCGGAAGUGGCUGGUUACGUUGAGUCAGUGAGAGAGGUGGAUUAGUCCUGCAAGGUUCCCCCUUUCAGUGCAAUAUUGCUUUCCUUUCUUACAUAGCCGCAUGAAUUGUUUGCUGGUAUGUGUUCUUCAUCUUUAGGUUAAAAGUCCAUAGUAAAUCUUUAAUUUUAUUUAUUUUGUUAAGAACUGGCAUUCCUUUGGGGAUAAAAUAACUGUGUAGUUUCUUCCUGCUAAACAGUGAGUCUUAAUUUUUUUCUUCUUCUCAUCCUUUAUAUUUCUAUAUGUGAAGCUUCUUCUCAUUUGGUUCUCCUAAUCGGUUCACAGACACAUCUACCCACCUCAGUGCAGUUGCUUGCUGUAUAGGCUAGUUUUUUUCAAUUAAAAUUUUAAGUUGUAGUUCAGCCUUAGAAUAGUACAAGCUCAAAAUUACUCCAUCUAAUUACUGCUUUGAGAAUCAAAUGGCCAGAUAGAUGGGAUUUGCAAAAAUAUAAAUCAUGUCUCUUUCUCGACUCAAGUUAUCGACCAGUGUAACCAAAGUCAGAAGUAUUGGAAUUUAUAUAAAAAACAUGCUUCCAAUGUGUAAUCCAUUUUAAAGUGGUUAUUUUAAAAGAAAAACUGAUUUUAAGAGUUUAUGUAAUUGCAGUACUGGGAAUUAUUUUUAUUACUAGUUUUGAUAGAUUCUUUUUACCUCAAAUUUGGUAUGGGCCAAAAACACUCACAUUAGCCCUUACAUAAACCUUUUUUUUUAACCUGGAAUGCCAUUUUCAGUUAUUACUACUUGUUUUCCUUUUAAAUUCACCAUGAAAAGUGAAAUAUGCAUGGAAAUGUAUCCAUAAACAAUCUUCCUUUGUAAAAAUUUAAGUUCUUGAGGAUACACUUAAACCACACAAUUUUUAUGAAGUGGUUAUUACAAAUUUGCUGGCAAAAGCCAGGGGGAAAGAACAGAUUUUGAAGGUUAGGUCUUCAAUCUUUAAUUUAAAAAAAUAAAACAACUUAAAGACUUUGAUACUAAACUUAUCAGGGAUGAGGUACCAAAGUAGCCACCGAACAGCUGUAUCUUAUUUCUCAGUAAUAAGGGCUGGGUUCUUCAGGUCUGUGGGAAAAGGGCCGGCUAAUGUUUACUUUCUGAAUACGUUUCCCCACUUUGUAAAUGGUCUGUGUUUGUUCUUUCCUUUCCACUUAUCUCUUGUUCAUUUUCCCAGUCCCUUCCGUAUUUUUUGACACUUUCACUUUCGUAUGUUUUUCCUUACUUGUCUAAUUUUAAGGAUGUCUUCUGAAGACAUUCUCCGUCCUCUUUCCACCGAAUCUCAUACCCCAUUAAACACACAGACACACACAAUAUUCACAGGAACUGCCCUUUAAAAGGUCCCCUAAUGAUGGAAACCGCCUGUUGUCCUGUGUGUGUGUGUGUGUAGGAUGCCACACUGCAGAAGUAAGUGACUGCCGUGCUUUGCUUGUUUUUUUUUUACUUGCUAGGUCACCUUUAGGGUGAGGGGACAGAGUAAAGGCAGACUUCUCCUAGUAUAUAUUAUCGAAGCCUUGGGCUUGAGCGAGGCACACUGCCUUAAGCUUAGGAAAAGAGUAAGUUCUUUAUUUGUGCAUCAUGAUUUUGUUGAGCAGCCAACUGUCAGGGGAGACUUGAGAAUACCAGAAAAACUGUCCAGCCUGGCCCUUGUAGACAGAAUCUGCUUUUCUCUCUUGGGGCAAAAUUUCAUAGUAUUUAGGUAAGAAAAUAAUUGCCAUUAUGAACAUAAUCCCAUGGCCCUUUGUCUACAAAUACCUCAAGGUCUACCUAGACCUCUGUGGAUAAAACCAUUAGUUGAUGAUUUUCUCUACCUGCAGGGGAUAGUGGGGAGACUACACAGAGAUGACAGGAGAGAUUCAGCCCAUUCCACUGGAUACAUGUUGCCAGACCCUGGCCUCACUCAGUAUUCCCUUCCAGGCAUCAUCUUCAGUAUCCCAAGUAAUAGGGCUUCUUCUGCUUUGAUGUGAGAGUGUCAGGACAGGAGUAUAGACCGUCCCCUGUGAACCAGCGGCUCCGCGCCUUUCUUACCCUCCAUACAGUACCCUGCCCACCCUUGAUGUUAUCUGCCUUCAUGUGUUUUAAGGCCCUUCAUACACGCUCUUAUGAAGCCAUGCAGUCCUUUACGAUAUCUCGGUCUCUUCUUCCUAAUAAAGUUUUGAGUAGGCAGUAAAAACACAAACAUCCGAAGGAUACUUCGCGUUUGUGACUUUCGUGUGCUACUUUAUUUCUAACGUUUGCAUUUUUCAAGUGUUGAUUCACAGAAAAACCUAGCAUUGCCCCAUAUGGUUGUGUUUUUUUCCUAAAUGGUUGACAUCUAAACUCAUUAGCUGUAGCAUGGUAGUAUCUCUUUGAGUGAAUAAGUUCAUGCUGUGGAAAGGAUGUAUCUUUUCAGGGACUUGUUAGUCUUUACCUUUUUUUCUAUAAAUAUCCUUGUUGCAAGAAAAAGAUAGUUUAGAUUGAUUGACACAUUUCAUCAAACUUUCAUUAGGAGAAUAGUCGGCCAUCAUACUGUCCUGUGGAUCAAGAAUACUACUGACAAGCCAAAAGCAAUAAGAUAUGUAAAUACCUCCACACCACCUUCCUCCCCGGCCCCACCUUUUUUUAAGUAUACCUGUUUUGGUAAUUUGGUGUUCCCAGAUUCUACUGUGUGCCUUGCACAUAGCAAGGACUUAUCAAAUGUUUAUCAAAUUAAUAAAUGAUUCACUGAAAAAGGGAAAGAUUGAUCAUGAGUAAUGGAUAGAAUGAGUUAUGAUUGAGAAAUUGAUAAGUUAGAGCAAUGGAUUGUGAAUGAAUGUUACAUUCUAGCCUCAUGAUACUACAGGUGAGCUGUUACAUAUAGAAUAAGUUAAUUUAGAUGAUUCUUCUUCAUUUAGCAACCUUGUUUAAGCUGUUAAAUCCCAGCCAAGAAAUGCAGCUCUAUGAUUAUGAAUUAACUGUACUUUAAUAUAUAUUAAAAAUUCAUAGAACAAAGCUCGUUUGCAUUAAGAACACCACUUUCUGUUCAUUUAUGGUAUUGGAGGACAGAUCUUGGCAACAGAGCCAGAGACUCUUUGGGGCAUUUGAAGGAAUUCUUUGAUUUCAAAGACUUGUUGACUUGUAUUUGUGCAAGGAUAGUCAUUUUAUGCUUCUCCUUUUCUCCUCCCCAGCUUGAACUAUAGACCUUUUAGGUAUUUCUUAAACCUGUGUGAGUCAUUUUCUUUUUCUCUUAUUAGGUUUAAGGAUUAGAUACCUGUUAAUGUCCCCUUUUUCUUUUCCAGGUUUUAGCAUUUUUGUUACGUCUUUGGAAACUCUGGGCCCAGACUCUCAGUCAUAUCCCUUAUUCCUAUGGUACGGUUCUGAUUAAAGGCUUCAUUAUUAAUAGGAUUAAAUGUAUACAUGUUGUCACUAAAAGCCAUUUAAAUCUUCAGAUAAGGGCUUAUGUGACACAAGAUAUGAAAACAAAAGUUCCUUGACUUUUACGUGGCAGUUUGUAGGAAAGCAUUUAUGGUGGUAGACUGUGUGAUUUAGAUGAAUUCAGGUCGUCAUGUGAAUUUAUGCUUGUUAUAUAAAGAGAACUUUUAAUAUUGUUGAGAACAAGUUACCAUUAGUAAUUUUCUGUAGCACAAGAUAGUAUUUGACAUGGGCUAAAUAUUAAUUUAGGAGUACAGCUGUCACUUACUAUACAAUAGUCUAAUCUGUAUCUUAGUCCCUCUUAAUUACAGAAGAUACUAAAGGUUUAGUUAUAAAAGAAAAUAACAUAUAUUCUUUGCAGAAAGCUUUUGUAAGCUUACAGUUAUUUUGUUACUAGUAAAUCAAAUUUUAGAACUUUCAGAUAUUUAAAAUAUGCUACGGAAUUCAAACAGCACCAUUAAAAACUUUUGACUUCUGAGUGAACUUCUCCAGGAGAACGGUGCAGCCCCUGGCACUUUGCAUGCUGCUGCCUCCCCAUGCCUAGAUGCACUCUUACUGUGCUCCUGUGUACUGGAGAAGUCUGGAGGCACAGCAAGGUGGAGACGUGCCCUGGCAUGCAGGCAGCGAGCAGGAAAGAAAAUCAGCCCUGAAAAUCCUACUUGUCACACAGUGUCUUUGAAACAAUAGCUAUAUAUACCUUGUUAAUUUGAGUGCCUUUCUUAUUUCUGGAGGGAGCAAGAUUAAUGUUUAGGGAGAAAACAAAGGACAGAAUUUUUAUCAAACAGUUGAUUGUAACUCAUUUUAUUUAUUCCAGUUGCUAGACACGGUCCCGUGGAGUUUUUUUAUCCAUUCAUGACAUACUGAUAUGAGCAGGUAGGAUGCUUUGGUUUGUAUUUCUUAGUUAGCAUUUUUAAGCGCCCUGCCAAGAAGAAUUAGUUCUUUCCCUGUGACAACUAACUUUUUGGGGAUUGGAGGUAUUUAGAGUACAGCGUGUGCAUAAUUACAGGUUAGUCCGAAACCUGUGCAGCCCAUGUUCAAGGGAAACAGUGGCACUGUGCCUGAAAAGAAAGGCCGUAUGAUUGUCGUAAAUGAAUCCUUUGCCUCACUUUAAGGGUUUUAAGAAUUCCCUCCCAAAUUCUGUGUUGGAGGAAAAGAAGUAAACAGAUGAAAUUUAAAAGACGGCAUUUUAUAUAUUUGGUUACAGGAGAGGGGAGGGAUAGAGAGUCCAUAUUUCAAGAUUGCAGAUAACUUUUAAUUGUAAUUUCAUAAAAAUAUACAGCUAAAGAUUCCAAAGUGCUUUUCAGAGGACUAUUGAAUAAUAUAUUCCUAAAUGGCAGCAAUAUGUCGUAGUUCAUAGUGGAGACAGAAAACCAUUGUGUCAGUUGUAGGUUGUGUGUGUGUGUGUGUGUGUGUGUGUGUGUGUGUGUGCGUGCAUGCGCACGUGCGCUUGCAUUGCAGGAGGCACCUCUGGCUCUCAACCUGGACAUCUGUAUUCUCGUUAGGUUAUGUUAAGACUGUAAAACCAAACUCUGUGCUAAAAAAAAAUAGAGAGGAGUAGCUUAGUCUGCUGAUGAACCUUUGUGCUUCCAAGAAUAUUAGCUCUUAUAGGUUGUGCUUUUUGGACAAUAAUAUGGUCCACAAGGCUGACCCUGGCAUUCUUUUAUUAAUCUGUUAUUCCUCAGGGUGUAGAAGAUUUAGUAAAUUUAGGACAAAAUUUUAUAUUCAGUGGCAAAAAAGAAAAGGCAAAAGUAUGCUAAAUAUAUUACUAGCUCUUAAAACUUUAGUAUAGAUAGUAUUUUUUAUAAACCCCUACCAGUGCAGUAGCUCAUAGGCGCUCUGUGCCUGCCUCACUCUUCACCUCGCUGCUUCAGUCCCUACGGCUCUAUUAUGAAUGUUCUCUUACGUCUUCUACGGAAACAGUUUCUGUAAUGUAUUGUUUUCCACGUUGGGCAGAGGUGGGGGUGUUUCAGUUGACAUCAUUUUGUUUCUGGAAAUCCUGUUCAGGAAAUGAUUACCGUUCGUUUUCAAACUGACAACUGUUUUGCCUCCUAAAACCUCACUUUCCCUGAAAGAGUGUUCUGUGUGCAGACCCCGUAUGUGUUCAGUACAUUGCAUGAUGCCUCACGCCUUGUAGGAAUCCAACGGGGCGCAAUCGUUAAAGGCUAGAAAGUGAAAACUAGCCUCCCUCUGUCUCGGCACCAUUGCCCACAUGCGUGGCUUCAGGAGAAAUCCAGUAUUGUGCGGAAGGUACAUAAUUAGCUUCAAACCAUGCAAGGCAAGAUACACAGCUGCAUCACAUUGUAAAUGAAAUUUUGAUACUUUUAAGGCAUAUAUAUGUGUGUGUUCACAUAUAUGUAUGUAUAUAUGUUUAAACAAGAUUUGGAACUUGAAUUUAUAUAGUGAUUUUACAGAGAAUUUUAUUUAAAGGGUUUUUAUUUUCAUAUUUGCUUAAAGUGCUCCUAUUUAAAAGCAGUUUUCUUUAUUAAACCAGCCCCCUCAAGCAAAGUUGGAAACCUAACACAAGUGCCAUUUGCCUGAAUUAACCAGAUAUUUGUGUAAAAUGUUUAUUUUUGUCUUUGGAUGCUUAUGCACCAUGACAUUCUGGCUUUUCUUCCAUACCUUUAGGGAAUCAGCCUUAAUUUUAUGUAUGGCCAUCACUUUCCUCAAAGUAUUAUGCAGCUUACUUCAAAUGUUUAUUUAUCUUUAUAAAGUGAUCAGUAAUACAUAUUGAGAUUUUUUUUCAUGUCCUGGGGUGAACAGUUUCACACGUUCAGAUAGUGACUCAUAAAGCAUUUUGUCAGAAGUGCUCAAAUAUUAUCUUCCCUCACCAGUGUCAUCUUGCAUUUGAAGCAGGUACUUUUUCUUAGUGGUUAAAGAAUGAGUGUAGACUGAGUGCAGUCAUAGUAGGUGCUCAAUAAAUAUUGAGUCAGUUAUUGAUCUCAUGGCAAAUUAACAGCUUUCGGAGAGGAAACUUGUUAUCUUUUCACGGAGGAGCAUAUUUUUAAAGCAAUAUAUGUUUGAAACUGAAAAAAUUACAUCAUUUGGCAUCAAUUACUACGCUUAUUUAGGCUGGAGUUAGUAACAUGCAAUAAAUGUACUGUUUGUGUAGAACACGGUCUGAAGAUAGGAGAUGGGGAAAGUUUAUUAAGCAGCAUCUUUUUGUGCACGGCACAUUAAUAAAUGUGAUUAAAUGUCUUAAUAGGCUGCCAAACUCAAGAGAGAGAGAAUUACUGUAGACGCCUACAGUCGGUUUCUCUGUUGGUGUACCUGGUGUUACCUGGCUUAGGUUCUAUUUAUUUCUUCUUAAAACUUGGUUGCUUUCCAGUGUCUUCAAAGUGGUAAUGGUAAAAUACAGAAUUAUAUUAAAUAACUUCUCCUUGUUUUCUCAGAACAUCUUUAAUAUGAGGGAGAAAUUUUUAUGAAAGAUACAGUAGUUUCAGAAUCUGCUCAUUUGUGACUUUCAGAGCAUCUUUGACAGAGCUUACUCAGUGUAAACAGAUUUAAACAGUUGAAGAACAAACAUUCCAGCCUGAGCUGUGAGGAACAGAGUGUGUAAUACAAGUGUAAUUAGGCAUCGCCUCCUGGCGAGGUUCUUGAUGCAUGACUGUGAUGCUGGCCUCUGACUGUGGUGACCGCUCAGUAUUAUAUUUUGGUGGUGUUCCUGGGAGAAUAAUGAAAUGUGUGCUAGAUUAAUUUGUAUUUGAGAUGGACACAAUAAAAGAUGAUGUGGUAUCAAUAUGCCAGGGAUUUAUACACACUAUUACUGAAAUUUUUUUAAAAAAGAGGAGGGGAAGAAAAUGACAAAAGGUCAGUGAUAUUUUUUAAUAGCCUCUAAGAAAGUUUUUUUUUUUUUUUUUUUAAGUCCAAGUCUCUUAGACACUAAGCAGUUGCAAACCUUAUUUAACACUGUGGGACUUUAAGGGAUAGUUCUCAGAUACUGUCUGCUGUUAGAAUUGACGAUGUGUGUGAAUUUUACAUUGCUUGCAGAUUUUCCAAAAAAUGGAGUAUUUAAGUUGCAGUUUAAUGAUUUUUAAAGAUUUUCUUGUAGGUCGUGGUUCAGUGGACAAGUUACAUAUAUGAUCUGUGGUGCAAGGUCAGAUCCUGGGCAUUAAAGAUAAGUUUGGCUACCUUAAUUUUACUGAAGAUACUAAUCGUUUCCCUCUGAUUGCACUGUUAUUUUUUUUUUUAACUAUUUUCCUCUGUGUUCCAGUCUGCAUUGAAGUUCCUUUAGCUCUCACAAUACAUAGUAAUUGACAUUUCUUAAGGAUUAUUUUGUGAAUUCGUUUUACACUUAAAAUGUGUAUCUUGCAGAGGGAUAAAAAUUAAUUUUGCAGUAAAGUAUGUGCAGAGUGUGCUUACAGUGUCCUGGGAGUUCGUACUCCAGAUUACUUAAAGUGGGAUGCUAAAUUCUAAGGCUAAUAAGUGACUGUAGACUAUCUGUAUGAGCACUGUCCAGUAGGAAGAAAUGGGAGCCACAUAUGUAAUUUUUAAUUUUCUAGCAGGCACAUUAAAAAAGAAACCCAUGACAUUAACUUAACUAUUUUAAUUAACCCAAUAUAUUAAAAAUAUUUCACUAUGUAAUCAGUAUACAAAAUUAUGGAGAUAUUUUGCUUCCCCCCCCCCCCAUAGUAAGUUUCUAAAAUUCAUUGUGUAUUUUGCACUCACAGUGCCUGUCAGUUCUGACUAGCUACUUUGUAAGUGCUCAAAUAGCCAUGUGUGGCUAAGGGCUGCUAUAUCGGACGGUGCAGGUUCAUAGGGUACAAAAUUUGACUUUAUUUUAAAUUGGGGAGGUGGUGAGGUAGGCAUGAAAUUAUGGUACUUUAAAAAUUAGUAUACUUAGAAAAGUAUCUAAUACAAUUAUCCACAUUGUCUGCAUUUUAAAUUUGCUGUAGCAGUAGCUCAAUCUGUUCCAAUUUGCCAAGCAUUAUCUAAGGAGGAAGAAAUUCCAUGCCAUGUAAAAUACCAUGAUAUGCUCAUUAUAACAACACAUUAUUAACACAUUUUUCAAUGUGUUCACUAAAUUCUGUCCUGUUUCUUCAAAAUAAUAGCUUAAAUUGCAUGUUAACUGUGUAUCUGUACUUGUUUUGUUUUUAUAUUAUUCUUAUAAUAAUGUGUAUUAACAGACAGCCCUAGGAUUCUAAUCUUCCUAUGCAUCUGUCUUCCAGUACUUACUGGUACACUUACUAAGUUGUUACAAGUGGCAGAAAAGUAGAAUGAACCAUCGUUUUUUUUUUUUUUUUUUUCAUUAGAUUGUUUUUAUCAUGUGAUCAUGUACCAAGCCAGCUAUAAAUUAUUGUAUUUCUGUAGAAUAUGAAAAAUAGUGUUUAUGUCUUAACUUUGCUAAAUGUUUGCAAUUUCUAAGUAAACUUUUCAUCUCCUAA